AUGUGUACAUUAAUAGCCCUGUUGUUAGGAUGUCUCCAGGAAGGUUGAUGAUGACUGAGCAUGAUGAAUUAUCAAAUUACUAGUCUCGUAAAUAAUGUCAAACAUUGUUAAUGUGGGAGGCAACCUGUCUGCUUUAGUUUACUAAUAUUACCGUGGAAUAUUAUGAAAUAAAUAUGUAUAAAUAUGUGUAAACAUUAGUAAAGUGUCUUCUCCAAAUGCUGUUUGUGUCACGCCCUGACCGUAGAGAUCUUUUUAUUCUCCAUGUUUGGUUGGUCAGGGUAUGACUCGGGUGGGAAACUCUAUGUUCUUUAUUUCUAUGUUUUGGCCGGUAUGGUUCUCAAUCAGGGACAGCUGUCUAUCGUUGUCUCUGAUUGGGAAUCAUACUUAGGCAGCCUGUUUUGCCACCUUAGUUUUGUGGGAUGUUGUUUUUGUUAGCUCUGUGAAGCCUACAGAAUGUGACGUUCGUUAUUCUUUUGUUGUUUUGUUUGGUGUUCUGAGUAAAUAAAGAAUCAUCCACUUCUAGCAAACCAAAUGCACCUAAUCAAGGGCUUGAUGAUUAGUUGACAAGUUGAAUCAGGUGUGCUACCCCGAGAAGAGGUUUGAGAACCACUGGCCUAAAAUAUUCGGUCCAAUGAUAUUCAGCGACUUUAUCAUUAGUUCAAUAAACCAGAAAGGUUGAUGCAUUACACUGGUUCACCAACAGGGUAUUCUGUGGCCGCUGGCGAGUUUACUGGAGACUCAAUACCAGAUUAUGUGGUUGGAGUGCCUAAUGACCGCAACACAGCAGGCUCAGUCAAAAUCUAUAAUGGAAAUACACUUGCCUUUUUGAGAGUGAAACACACAUUCUUAGGCUCUCAGGUGGCCUCUUACUUUGGCCACAGCGUUGCAGUGACUGAUAUUAACAAUGAUGGACGAGAUGAUAUCCUAUUCGGGGCGCCUCUCUUCAUGGAGCGUGUGUCGGGCCAGCAGUUGCAGGAGGUGGGCCAGGUGAGUUUGUACCUGCAGAGAGGGCGCUCCACCUUCCACUCCAAGCCAGACCAGAAGCUGACAGGUUCCCAGGUGUACGGACGCUUUGGCAGCACCAUCGCCCCCCUCAGUGACCUGGACAAUGACGGUUUUAAUGAUGUUGCUGUGGGAGUCCCAUCCUCAGGCAUUGAAGGGAGGGUUUUCAUCUACAUGGGGACUAGCGAUGGACUGUCUCCCCAGUAUACCCAGGUCAUUGAGAGUCCCUUCCGGUCCCUAGGUCCCUCUCCAGCACAGUUUGGCUUCACCCUGAGAGGAGCCACUGACAUUGAUUCAAAUGGCUACCCAGAUCUAAUUGUUGGUGCAUGGGGAGUCAAUAAGAUUGCUGUGUACAGGGCUCAAGCCGUGGUGAUGGCAAAGACCCAACUCUCCCUCUACCCUGACUUCCUGAACCCAGAUGUGAAGGAGUGUGAGCGCACCACCACCAACGAGCCUGUGGCCUGCUUCACAGUCAUGAUGUGCAUUAGUGUGUCUGGCCACAGCAUUCCAGAGGAGAUAGUUCUAGAUGCAGAGCUUCAGCUGGACAAGAUGAAACAGCCAAUGGCCAGGAGGACCCUGUUGCUGCACACAAAUCUGCCCCAAGAGUAUUUCCAGCUAACCAUUCAGAGAGAUGUGGGAGUGGUCUGCAGGAACCAAACCGCUUACCUAAGGCAUGAGUCAGAGUUCAAGGACAAGCUGAGCCCCAUUUCCAUCUCCCUGAACUACAGCCUGUCCAACUCCCAGGAGACCAUGCUGCAUGGCCAGAGAGCUGUGGUCGCACAGACCAGGAUCAUUCUGGACUGCGGAGAGGACAAUGUCUGUGUCCCUGACCUGAGGCUGACUUCUGAAGCAGGUACCGGCCGUCUUCUGAUAGGGGAUGACCACCCUGCUCUGCUGGUCAUCACAGCGGAGAACCGAGGAGAGGGGGCCUACGAGACCGAGCUGGAGAUACGCCCACCUGCCAACACACACUACCAGAGUAUGGUGACUGACAGAGAGGGCUUCAGCAGGUUGAUCUGCGCUCAGAAGAAGGAGAACCAGACGGUGGUGGUGAUCUGUGAGCUGGGAAACCCUAUGAAGCAGGGCCAGAAGCUCCAGGCCGGUCUGUUCUUCAGCGUGGGGAACCUGGAGAAGGUGGAGAGCCACGUGUCAUUCACAUUACAGAUCAAAAUUUCCAAGAACAGCCAGAAUCCUGACAGUAAUGUGGCCCAUCUGAGGAUCGAUGUCAGCGCUGAAGCAGCUCUGGAGAUGCGGGGGGGCUCCUCUCCACCUGAGUGUGUCUUGCCCAUUGCCAAGUGGGAACAGAAGGAGCAGCCUGACGACCUGGAUGAGGUUGGCCCGCUAGUGGAACACGUCUAUGAGUUGAGAAACCUGGGUCCGAGCACGGUCAACGCCAGGGUGGUAGUAGAGUUCCCCACCCAUCACCAUGGAGACUUACUUCUCUAUGCGUUCGCUAACGCCUCCGAGGACUUCCUCAUCUGCCACACUGACUCCCCUGACAUCGACCCAUAUCAGUUGGUUAAGACCGGGAAUGCUACUGUUGGUACAGUGUACAAGGUUAAACAGAAUGAGGUGGAACGACUGGAGCCUCAGCGCAAAGAGACCGUUCACGUGAAUUGCACAAGUGGAGAUACCUGUCUGAGGUUUGUGUGUGAGGCCAAAGGUCUGGAAAGAGGCUGGAGCGCUGUGGUGAAGGUGAUGUCCCGACUCUGGGUACAAACUUUCCUGGAGAGGCCUUAUGAUAAUUAUGUCCUCCACUCUAUAGCACGCUAUGCGGUUAUAGAUAUGCCCUCUAAGAUCAAGCCUGAAGAGCUGCCAAGUGGACAGGCUGAGACCCAGACCAGUGUGGUGUGGAGGGCCGAAGUGCCGGUGUGGUGGAUCGUUGUGGCUGUGCCCUCUGGCCUAUUCCUCCUCGCUCUGCUAGCUCUGAUCUUCUGGAAGGUGGGGUUCUUUAAUCGCAACCGUCCCCCCGUUGAUGAUGAUGACAAUGCAGAGCAGCUGGCUGGGGCUGGACAGCCUGAAUACGCUGAGAUGCCCCCAAACACAGAGGACAAGCAAGAAUAAACAACUACUGUAUCACCCUGGUGUUUUAUGUAUUUAUUUGUUUUGACAGACACCCACCCAUUUUAUGAGUUUUAAACCGUUUCACAUGGUUUGUAAAUGUUGCAAUUGGCUUCUUGUUCUACUCCCUAUAACUGCACACUUUCUGAAGAUGCACCAUUUAAAAAAUAACAUGUUUUUUAAAGGGUAUCUUGUAGCUAUUCUAUUUUGUAUUAAAAUAAACAUAUCAUCUUUACCAUCUUGA